AUAAUAAUCUUGGGAGUUUUUUUUAUAGUCGAAAGUUAAGUAGGGGCUAAUUUGAAAUAUUUAAAAGACUCGCAACUCUUCCCAUAUAUAUUACUGAAGUCCCCUCGAGAGACGACAAAUAAAUCUCACGGUUCUCUGCUCGUCACCGCCGCCAUCGGAGAAAAAACACCACGUCGCCGCCACCAGUACACUUCAACAGUUUAUCAAAUUAAUCAAAACAUACGAAUUCCAACGGUUGGGAAAAGUGUAGUAUAUAUCCUGGUUCCAACACAAAAACUUCGUUUUAGUUUCCUUUUCGUUAUGGAGAGGACAGAAGAGCACACGAGAAGGCGCUCAAUUGAUAGGCUCAGCGAUUUGCCGGACGCAAUCCUCUGUCACAUCCUCUCUUUUCUCCCAACUCAGAAAUCCAUUUCAACAAGCGUUCUCGCUAGAAGAUGGAGGUAUCUCUGGGCUUAUGUCCCCACUUUAGAUUUCCGCCACGAGAAUCAAGAAAUCAUCGAAAGGGUUAUGAUUUUGCAUAAAGUGCAAACCAUUAGUACUUUUCGCCUCUUCCACUACUCUGACUGCAGCAACUAUCGACUGGAGACAUGGAUUACCUUUGCCAUAGCGCGCAACGUGCAGAAGCUUCAACUUCUUUUCCAUCUAACCAAAUCCGCUUUGCCUCGAUGCCUCUUCACAUGCAAAACCCUUGUUGAUUUGAGGCUCAACUAUUUCGGAAUCAUACCCAUGAGCUGCCCCGUGUGUUUGCCUCGCCUCAAGAUUCUCCAUCUGAUCUGCGUUCAAUACGAGGCCGAUGAGGCCCUCCCUCGCCUGCUCGCCAGCUGUCCAGUGCUCGAGGAGUUGGAAAUCGAAUCAUGCAUGGAUUCGUUUUCUUCUAAAAUAUCUUCACCCACAAUCAAGAGGCUCACCCUCAGUUUUCCGGCCCCUGACAGAAGCAAUAACUGCUACACGCUAGAGAUAAAUACUCCCGCACUUGUUUAUCUCCGGUUAGUUGCUGGUGUGCACGAUCAUAUCAAAUCUGGGGCACUGACCUCCUUAAUUGAAGCGGAUAUCCAUUUUUACAAGGUUCACAAACAACGCGGUUUUGAUCGUUUUCGAUAUGUGCCGGAAUUCAUCAAUAGGCUCUGCAGUGUGAAGUUUCUCAAAUUAAAUUUAGCAUAUUAUAAGAAGGUUAUGCAUCAUCUCAAUUGUGCAUGCAUUUUCUUUACUGAUGGUAUUUAGUAAGUGUGAUCUUAUUAUAGCGUCUCAAUUGUUGCCGUGCAUUUUAUUUGCAGACCGUGGAUUCUAAAUUCUCUUUGUGGACCACGAGUAAUUUUCGUAACUUAACGAAACUUGAAUUGACUGCUCAUUGCCGUUUUCUUUCCGAGUUCCUCGCAAAUGCUGAUAAUCUUGAAAUCCUUAUUUUCCAGGAGGUUUGAAAUUUUGAUGAUGCAAUAUGCAAAGUUCUUAGUUGUCCUGUUUUACGUCUUCUUUUCUCUUCUCUUGACAUAAUCGAGAUCCCUUUCUUUUUGUUGUUGUUGUUGUUGUUGUCAUCAGUUCUAUAAAGAAGGAGGCUGGAUCGAACCACCGCAACGAAUGGCGACAUGCAUAUUAUCACAUCUUAGAGUAAUAAAGCUCGUCAACGUCAAAGGUAAAACGCAGGACUUUGAAAUUAUAAGAUAUCUUUUGAAGAAUGCUAAACUGUUGGAGAGGAUCGAAAUAUCACAUCCCGUAUACCGUGAUACCAAGAAAAGGGCUCGUUUGGUUGGUAGAAUUGGACUGUUUGAACGAGGAUCCAAGGCAUAUGAAAUUGCCUUUGUGCCUAUUAAUCGCGACGGGGCUGCAUCGUCACAAAUUCUGAAGUAUAGACGUCUAAAUUGAACUAACAAACUUGUUGCAGAAUUGCUUUAGUCAUCUUUACUUCCAAUUUAUGUUUUCUAUAAUGUGAUGAAAAUACUAUCUCUGCACAUCUUUGUUUCCUUAAUUGAGGCAGAUAUCUAUUUUCCCCAAUUAUAUCAAGAUACAAGUUUGAUUGAGAGAGAGAGAGAGAAAAAAAGUUUUAUGG